CUGCCGGCGCGGAUGACGUGUGUAUGUUGGAAAAAUGGCGGUGGACAUCACUUUACUGUUCAAGGCGAGCGUGAAAACGGUGAAGACACGUAACAAGGCGAUCGGCGUCGGACCGGAGAGUGCAAAGGAUGAACUCGUGCGGAGAAAUAGACCGAAAAACAGCUUCUCUAGCAAAGCCAAGGAAGUGAUCUCCAACAUCACCAAGCUGAAGGACUUCCUGCUGCAACACAGAAAGGACUAUGUGAACGCCGGCAGUUUACUCUCCUCAGAUGUGACCCGUAUGACGGACUGUGAGAGAGACCAGAUUGAUCAGGAUGCCCAGAUCUUCAUGAGAACGUGUUCAGAUGCCAUCAAACAAUUAAGAACUGAAGCAGAGAAGAUGGUGAUCUCUGCUCAGAUGAAGGAGCAUCGUGGGGCUGUGCUGGACCUGAUCGAAGUCUACCUUAAAGGUGUAUGUAAGCUGUAUUCGGAGCAAAGAGCGAUCCGUGUGAAGAGAGUGGUCGAUAAGAAGAGACUGUCUCGGUUGGAACCAGAACAGAAAAUUAAAGUGGAAAAGCCUCAGAGCGAAGAUGCAGAGAGAACUCUCCCGGAGGAAAGCAGUGAGAAGCCACUGUGUGAUAGUGGUGUUGACCUGUGGGAGGACAGCAGAGUGGAGGACGAGCUCUCCCCUGAGGAAAUUCAGAUGUUUGAGCAGGAAAAUCAGAGGCUGGUGAGUGAGAUGAAUAGCCUGGUGGAUGAAGUCAGGCAGAUUGAAGGUAAGGUGGUGGAGAUCUCGCGGCUGCAGGAGAUUUUUGCUGAGAAAGUUCUGCAGCAGGAGACAGAAAUUGAUAAUAUUCAUCAGCUGGUUGUUGGAGCCACAGAAAAUGUUAAAGAAGGCAAUGAAGACAUUCGAGAGGCAAUUAAGAAUAACGCAGGUUUCCGUGUCUGGAUCCUCUUUUUCCUGGUCAUGUGCUCCUUCUCUCUGCUCUUCCUGGACUGGUAUGACAGCUAAUACCUGAAAAGACAUCAUCUCACAACAGGAUGUGAUGUCGCAUGGGACGGUAACACCACGAAGAUGCUGAAUCAGAUGCCACGUGUCGAGAGUUGGAAUACACAAGCGUUUGUAUGUGUGUAGAGGGGGGGCAUUGUGAACACUCGGACUUUUAUACAAGUCCAUAUACAUAUAUCUAAUAUAAUUUUAUGACGCGCACAGUCAACGGCCGCUUUAAGAGGAACUUGUUGUUGAUUCUAAGAUUCCUGUUCUCGGCUGGCAGGAGUCACACUCUGAGAUCAGAAUUUUUCAUUCUAAUGUUUGAACGUUAACUGAAGCUCAUGAUUUGAUGAAUUGUGCUGCUGUCAAGGGAUUGGCUGAUUAGAGAACUACGUAAAACAGCAGGUGGAUGGGUUUUCCUAAUAAAGUGGCCGGUGUGUGUCGUUUUUAUAUAUGAAUAUAAAACGCUCAGUCUGUAAAAAUUAAAAAUAAAUUAUAACAUUCA